CCCUCAUGAUACAUAGAAGGGUUCACACAGGGGAGAAGCCAUAUAAAUGCUUGGAGUGUGGGAAGAACUUCUCUCAAAGUGGUGACCUCAUUAAACAUCUAAGGAUUCACACAGGGGAGAAGCCAUAUGAAUGUCUGGAGUGUGGGAAGAGCUUCUGCUACAGUAGUGACCUCACUAAACAUCAAAGGCUUCACACAGGGGAGAAACCAUAUAAAUGCUUGGAAUGUGGAAAGAGCUUCAGACAGCAUGCACACCUUAUUUCACAUCGAAGGAUUCACACAGGAGAGAAACCAUAUAAAUGCUUGGAAUGUGGAAAGGACUUCUCUCACAGUGGCGAUCUCGCUACACAUCAA